AUGGAUGAUGAAAAGUAUUUUACUUUAUCCAAUUCCGAAAUGAAGGGCAACGACGGAUUUUAUACACGCAAUGUACAAGAUGCACCGGACGGAGUUAGGCUUAAGGGAAAAGUGAAAUUUGCCGAUCAAAUUUUGGUAUGGUGUGCCAUUUCAGAAGCUGGUGUUUCACAGCCGUUUGUUGGGCGUGUUCGCGCUGAAGCUCUCAAUGCUGACAUUUACAUUGACAGGUGUCUUACAAAGCUUGUUCAAUUUAUAAAUACUCAUAACUCCAAUGAUGAAAUUAUAUUUUGGCCCGACUUAGCGUCAUGCCAUUACGUCAGGAGAACUACAGAUUGGUUAACUGCUCAAAAUAUAAAUUUUGUUCCCAAGCGCGACAACCCUCCAAAUGUGCCUCAGGCGAGGCCUAUAGAAGAGUUUUGGGCUGUUUUGAGUCGAAUGGUGUACAAUAAUGGCUGGGAAGCCCAAAUUGAAGGUCAGCUAAGGCGAAGAAGUUUGCAAAAAUUUCGUGAGAUCGAUUUAGAAACAGUCCAAAGACUUAUUGCACAUGCAAGACCAAAUUUACGUGCCAUCGAAGAUGACGGACCUCCUUCUGUUCUAUAA